AUGCCUGAGAAGAGGACAUUGGAUGCCUUCUUUGGCACCACGCCAAAGAAGCCUCGGACAGACACCAAUGGUCCAGAACCUCUUUCUAGUGAUGGGCUCAAGUCUAUGCACCCAGCCUAUCCCCAUCCAAUUACUGAUCUCUCGUUAUCUGUGAGCAAGGAAAUAGCUAGCUUACCAGCACGACCUGGCAAGGUCAUCAAUGACCAGCCUGAUCUUGACUUGCUCUACUUUGAGCCGUACAUCCCAUCUUACCUCGCCAAAGAUCUCUUCAAGUUCCUGAGACAGGAGCUUCCUUUUUAUCGUGUCGAAUACGAUAUCAACAGGAGCGGAAAUUCAACGCACAUCAAAACGCCCAGAUGGACGACUGUUUUUGGCCUGGAUGACACAUCUAUUUUCAACGAAAUAGGAGUGCCCAUAGACUCCAGUAGUGGUGUCAAGGUGUCGGAUAAAAAGUACGAUGCAAUUCCACCAAGGCCUAUACCAAAAUGUCUCGAGGAUCUCCGUCUAUCCACUGAAGCAGCGACAGGCUGCAAGUUCAACUUUUGCUUGGUCAACUACUACGCCUCCGGGGCCGACAGCAUCUCCUAUCACAGCGAUGACGAAAGAUUCCUGGGACUGGAUCCGGCCAUCGCCUCUUUUUCCCUCGGCGCAAGGCGCGACUUCAUGUUGAAGCAUAAACCAUAUCCCCCUGGCGAGGAGGACAAAGCCGGAAAACCACUCAAACUGCCCCUCGCCAGCGGGGACAUGAUCCUCAUGCGCGGAACAACACAGUCGAAGUGGCUGCAUUCGAUUCCCAAGCGAACAGGGAAGAAUGCCGAGGAUGGCGGGAGGAUCAACAUCACGUUUCGGAGAGCCAUGGUGAAGGGUGGCACGGAAAAUUAUUACAACUACAAUGUAGGCUCGGGGCCGGUAUACAGGUGGGACAACACGAAGAGAGAGAUGACGCUAUGGAAGGGUUGA